CAGAUUUGGCGCGCAUCUUAUUUUGUAUGGUGUACAAUUUCGGAUUGUUGCGGUUGUUUUCAUUAUACUAGAAUUUUAAGUUAUUCUUUCAAUAAUAUUAUAACGAAGCUGGGUUUCUUUUAUGAUUAUUGUCAUUUUCGAGUGAAUCUUUAAGUGAUUGUUAACGAGUUGUAGUAAUAAUGGAUGUUGCUGAUGCCCACGUCGGACAGUUGCGUGUUAAGGAUGAAGUUGGAAUACGAUGCCAGAAGCUAUUCCAAGAUUUUUUAGAGGAGUUUAAGGAAGAUGGAGAUUUCAAGUACAUGAGAACAGUAGCCGAUCUAAUAAAUCCAGAUCGGUCGACUCUAGAAGUUAGUUUCGAAGAUGUCGAGAAAUAUAAUGAAAAUCUUGCUACUACAAUAAUUGAAGAGUAUUACAGAAUAUUUCCUUUUUUGUGUCAAGCAGUAUCGAAUUUCGCUAAAGACCGAACUGAACUAAAAAAAGAAAAAGAAUGUUACGUUUCGUUUACAGAUGUACCAACACGGCACAAAGUACGUGAAUUAACGACGUCGAAGAUUGGUACAUUGAUUCGUAUUUCUGGUCAAGUGGUUCGCACCCACCCAGUUCAUCCGGAGUUAGUUACUGGAACAUUUGUCUGCUUAGACUGUCAAACAGAGAUUCGUGACGUUGAGCAACAGUUUAAGUUUACAAAUCCGACAAUCUGCCGCAAUCCGGUAUGUUCCAAUCGACGUCGCUUUAUGUUAGAAGUAGACAAAUCACGUUUCAUUGAUUUUCAAAAAGUGCGCAUUCAAGAAACACAAGCUGAGCUUCCCAGAGGUUGCAUUCCACGUUCGGUCGAGGUUAUUCUGCGUGCUGAAAUCGUUGAAACUGUACAAGCUGGAGACCGGUACGAUUUCACUGGAACAUUAAUAGUGGUUCCAGAUGUAGGUGCUCUUCAGAUGCCGGGAGCAAAGGCAGAAAUUGGAUCUCGGCACAAGCAAGGAGAUAAUGCAACCGAAGGUAUCCGUGGACUUAAGGCACUGGGUGUUCGCGAUUUAAACUACAAAAUGGCUUUCUUGGCAUGUUCGGUACAGGCAACUUCAUCUCGUUUCGGUGGAACUGACAUGCCGAUGAGUGAGGUUACCGCAGAAGAUAUGAAAAAACAUAUGACCGAUGCCGAAUGGAACAAAGUUUAUGAGAUGUCUCGGGAUCCGAAAUUGUACCAAAAUUUGAUUAACAGUUUGUUUCCUUCGGUUUAUGGCAAUGAUGAAGUAAAACGAGGAAUUUUACUGAUGCUUUUCGGUGGAGUAGGAAAAACUACACAUGAAAAAACCACGUUACGAGGUGACAUUAAUUGUUGCAUUGUUGGUGACCCUAGCACAGCAAAAUCGCAGUUCUUGAAACAGGUGGCCGACUUUUCUCCCCGUGCUGUUUAUACUUCAGGAAAAGCUUCCUCUGCAGCAGGUCUCACGGCGGCCGUAGUUAAAGAUGAAGAGAGUUAUGAUUUCGUAAUUGAAGCUGGAGCUCUUAUGUUGGCCGAUAAUGGAAUCUGCUGCAUUGAUGAAUUCGACAAGAUGGAUCCGCAUGAUCAGGUAGCCAUUCACGAAGCAAUGGAACAACAGACAAUUUCAAUUGCCAAGGCAGGAGUACGAGCGACUCUAAAUGCUAGGACUUCUAUCUUGGCUGCAGCGAAUCCGAUUGGUGGUCGAUAUGAUCGAUCAAAGUCACUUCAGCAAAAUGUACAACUGACAGCUCCCAUUAUGUCGCGCUUUGAUUUGUUCUUCAUUCUAGUGGAUGAGUGUAACGAGGUUGUGGAUUAUGCUAUAGCUAGGAAAAUAGUUGAUCUCCAUUCUAACAUCGAGGAUCGAGUUGAUCAAGUAUAUAGCAGGGAAGAUGUAUUGCGUUAUAUCAUGUUCGCUAGACAAUUCAAACCAAUUAUCACCAGGGAGGCAUUAGAACUGUUGGUAGAAAACUAUGGUCAUCUACGACAACGUGACACAGGUACAUCUGGAAAAAGCACAUGGCGAAUAACAGUCCGCCAACUGGAAAGCAUGAUACGACUGAGUGAAGCCAUGGCCAAGAUGGAAUGUAGUGAAGAAGUGCGAGAAAAGCAAGUUAAAGAAGCAUACCGGUUGCUGAAUAAGUCCAUCAUCCGUGUCGAACAACCAGAUAUUCAUUUGGAUGACGAAGACGAUGCAGAACUAGCUUUGGCAAUGGAUGCAGAGGAAGAGACUUCCCAACAACAGAAUGGUCACGUUGAAAAUGGACAUGUGGAAAAUGGAUACGAAAACGGGCACGGAUCUCAAAAGAAAAAGCUAACUCUUUCAUUCGAAGAAUACAGGAACCUUUCCAAUAUGCUUGUUAUUCAUAUGCGCAGUGAAGAGUCUCGUUUUGAAUCUGAAGAUUCCCAAUCGGAUGGAAUAAAAAAAUCGGAGCUUAUCAAUUGGUACCUCGAGCAAGUUAGCGAUCAAAUCGAAAGUGAGGAAGAACUUUUUGAGCGGAAAACAUUGAUCGAGAAAGUCGUGGACCGGUUAAUUUAUCACGAUCAAGUAAUAAUUCCACUGAAAACAUCUGCCCUUGGUGAAAAGGAAACGCAGGAAGAAGAUCCACUGCUAGUCGUGCAUCCCAACUAUAUUGUUGAAACGUAGUUCACUUAUUUGCGACAUUCUGUUUAGUACUCUUUUCGUUAUUCAAAAUUUAAUCUACUACUUUUACUGAUUGCACUCAAUACAAUGACAUUUUUAGAAUAAAC